AAACUCCAAAAACAACCUGUGUAUGAACCAACUGAAAAUCAAAUAAAACUCAAUUUGAGCAUUGACGGAUUACCAUUGGCAAAAAGUUCAAAAGCACAGUUUUGGCCACUUUUAGGUCACAUUACUCACAGUGAUUAUAGAGAAAAACCAUUUGUCAUUGGAGUAUUUCAUGGAUAUUUAUGGAGAAAAAAAAUCAAAAUUGUGAUAAAUGCUGUAAUAUGCGAUGCUCCUGCAAAAGCAGUCAUAAAAUGCAUUAAAGGUCAUACAGGAUAUUAUGGAUGCGACAAAUGUGAAGAGGAAGGUGAAUGGAGGGAUAAUCGAAUGUUAUUUCUCAAUGAAAACGCUCCAUUACGUACGGAUGAAAGUUUUUUAUUACGACACAAUGAAGAUCAUCAUGUGAAUGAUUCACCUAUCGAAAACAUAGCAUUGAAAAUGGUUACACAGUUUCCCUAG